AGAAACGUGUUAACACAGCCUAGACUAUAACAUAACCAGCGUAAGACGAGCUGAUACUGCGUCUACAGUUGUGCGUAUAUCUUUGCAAAUAAGUCUGAUGAGGAAUGUAUGCGUGAACUGCGAACAUCAGGGCCCUUUAUAACCACAACGUUCUCCGUGAAAGUGUUUUAGUGCCAUUUCUGCAAUGAACGUGAGCGCGCCGUCAACAUCCCUUAACAUCUUCAUGCACGCGCGUAGCGGAGACGGAGGAGCAGCAGCAGCAACAAUCAUGGAGUCCAGGCAGCAGCUAGCAGCAGCAGCUCGACAGAGUCCACAUCUGUAGCUCUUUUUAAAACUGAAAGGUUUGGGGUCAGUGAGAUGGGAGUUGUUUAAUACUGAUGUCCGUGCUUUUCGUCAGAUUACAGUCUUUCUCCUGGAAGAUUUGCAUUGGGUUGCUUUUCUAUUCCCGGCAAAACAUCGCUCAGCAUUUGCUUCCGUGCAUUCCUUCCGAUGAGAGGUAGAAUUUGCUUAUUUAUAGAUACUCGGUGCUAAAAAAAGAAUCUGUCUUCGGGGGGGAUUUCUUAUGUUCUGAACAGCCCGUUUUGAAUGUUAAAUUGGAGAUAUAUGGGAUUGUAUUGCUUGAUUUCAUUGCAGCGGGGGCUGACACAAUUGUUUCUAUGCACGUAAAACCGAGCCCGGAUCAUAUUAUUUAUCGCCUGAAAAAUCAAAAUAUAGUAGCACUGACCUUCAAAUAAACAGAAAGACUGCUAAGAAGAAUACAGAUUGAUCGACGUUGUGAAAAAAAAGGGAAAGAAAAUGUUGCCUUCACAAGAAGCCUCCAAGCUUUACCAUGACAACUACAUGAGAAACUCCAGAGCAAUCGGGGUGCUAUGGGCAAUCUUUACCAUAUGCUUCGCAAUCAUAAAUGUGGUGGUCUUUAUCCAGCCCUACUGGAUCGGGGACAGUGUCAAUACCCCCCGGGCCGGGUAUUUCGGCUUAUUUCACUAUUGCGUGAGCUACGGCACAUCAAACAGAGAGCUCACCUGCCAAGGUACCUUCGGGGAUUUCAGCUCCAUCCCUUCAAGCGCCUUCAAGGCAGCCUCGUUCUUCGUACUGCUGUCCAUGGUGCUGAUCCUGGGUUGUAUCGCCUGCUUCGCUCUCUUCUUUUUCUGCAACACCGCUACAGUCUACAAGACGUGUGCGUGGAUGCAGCUUCUCUGUGCUGUCUGCCUCGUUUUUGGCUGCAUGAUUUUUCCCGAUGGCUGGGAUGCUGAAGUGGUUCAAGAUUUGUGUGGCAUAGAAACUAGCAAGUACACCUUGGGAAACUGCUCGGUCCGCUGGGCCUACAUCCUCGCCAUCAUCGGCAUUCUGGAUGCCCUCAUCCUUUCUUUCCUCGCCUUUGUGCUUGGGAACAGACAAAACGAUUUCCUGCAAGAGGAUCUCAAGGCUGAGAAUAAAGAUUUUGCUGCUACUACGAUUGAAGUCCGGGACUGCAGACAAGCAAGGUGUGGAGUCCGUCAGUUUCGCUGAGAAGAAGACCCUCGGCGUUCUCAAUUUGCACUUUCUACUCAUCCAUCGUUCCCUCUACUACGGUUUCCCCUCUCCAGGAUAGUACGCCAGCUUGUUCAGGACUUGGAAUUCAUAAAUACAGCACAGUUUGUAAAAUACGUGAAGAUGAAAAAAAAAAAAAAAAAAAAGAGAUCACUUGUACAAAUGGUCACUUCAGCUUUACUAAAAAAACAAAAAGAGAAAAAACAAAAACACAAAGAAAAACAACACCUCUGGGAAAAAAUGCUUCCACGCAGCGGAGUUUUCUUUAUUUUCUUUUCCUGUUUCAAUUUCCAGCUAUAAAAGUGAAAUAAUAAACAAUGUGUAAAUAGUUAAAUAAAAGAUUUGGUGUUAAACAUUUUGGAAGACAAUUCACCAGCACUCAGGUGCAACUUGAAAUGACGAAGCGGACGAAAACUGAAAGAAAUCCUCUUUUUUGUUUUUUUGGUUUUUUGUACAGCACAGUGUGAUUUCUCGGACUCUUCUUUUAUCGUUGAAGAAACUGAAUCAUAUCAUUUUAUUUCAUAUUUCUCUGUGUUGAUGGCCCCGAGAAGUGGUACUAAAGAUAUAAAAGAAUGAACUGUAAUAUUAAUAGCAAGUAAAUAAAAAACAGGGUCAUUCAUAUACAUACUGUAUACAUAAGUAACCAUGUAGUGCCCUCUAGACAGACGUCCAUUGAGGCCAUAAAGGUCAGCGUCAUGUUGCUGAAACGCCUGGUUUUAGGAUCGUCAGCGGGAGAAGAGUAAUGACCUUUUUUUUUUCCAUAAAUCCCACUUUAACAUCGCCUAGGUGUCCAAAGCAUGUACUUUACUAGAAACCAGCUAACAGCCUGCUCUGCUUUAACACUAUAUGCAUUUUAAUCAAUCACAAGAGUUCUGUUUGGUUUGAUUUGGUUGUGAAUUGUAAAGGUGGAUUAAACACGGAAUUUAUUAACAAAGGAUUGUUCUUUUUAAAAGGUGCUUUGGCCUUCUAUUCAAGACAAUGCAUUAGUUACAGAUCAUGAUUUGUGUGUGUGUGUUUGUGUGUGGGUUGUCUGUUGUCCCCUUCUUCAAACAUCCAUCACCCUGAAGAGCAUGGGACUAGAAAAGCCUGGGACGUGUGCAUCACAUCGCAGAUUAACAUGCAGUACAACAUCUGUGUGUUUACGCACAUUAGGCAUCGUACACAUCAUAUAUUUAUGUAUAUACAUUAGAGACGGUCUGUAUAUAUCUGUAUACAUUACAUAUGUGGGCGUGUGUGUGUUUGUUCAGAUUCAUACAGUAAAUAAAAAAUAAGCAACACUCAUGUAUUUAUAUUAUAAACAUGAAUGCUCAAACAUACAGGCAGCGCGUAAAGUCAGAGGCAUUCAUA